AUGGCUUCCAUGUCCUCAAUAACCACCUCCUUCUUUUCUCUCCAAGCAAUUUCCCGCCCUAAAACCCGAAAACCUAACCACCCUAGCAAAGCUUCACCAGAAAACCCUAACAUCAAUCGAAACCGCAAAUUCAAACCUCAAAAGGCUAAAUUCAAAUCCCCGCUGAAAACAAUCUCUUCCACCGCCGGCGAAGCCACUAGUUACACUCGCCUCCCUCCUCUAGAAGAUUUCACUGCCCCGUCGCUAAAAUUCGAAUCUAAAACACCUCAAGAAGUCAAGCUCUCUGAUUCUAAUAUAGUCAAACUCGACAAGGAAAAUGAAACGCAGCGUUUCAGGACCGAAGAUGGAAUGGAUGACAAUUUACGUGUCGAUUACGGGCGAUUUGAAGUGUUUGAAGGUAAUCCAGAUUUCGAUGAAGAAGACGACGACGAUUAUGAGUAUGAAAGCGAGGAAGAAGAAGAAACUGUGAAUGGCAAAACUGUCAAUGAUUGUAAUACCAGUAGCUUUUAUGAAGGAGAAGAGUUGGAGGAGUUUGCUGACGGCGAAAAUGUGAAUUUGUCAGAUUUCCAGGGUGAUGAAGAAGGUGUGAAGGAGAAGGGAGUGCCAGCGGUUAUGCGGUGUUUUGACCGGGCGAAAAUCUAUGCCAAAGCCGGAGAUGGGGGGAAUGGAGUGGUGGCUUUUCGGCGCGAGAAGUUUGUGCCAUUGGGGGGGCCGUCGGGAGGGGAUGGAGGGAGAGGAGGGAAUGUGUAUGUAGAAGUUGAUGGUUCAAUGAAUUCUUUAUUGCCAUUUAGGAAUAGAAUGCAUUAUAGGGCUGGGAGAGGGGCCCACGGGCAAGGGUCAUGUAUGAAUGGAGCGAAAGGAGAGGAUGUUGUGGUGAAAGUCCCGCCAGGGACGGUUGUUAGGGAGGCUGGGAAUGAGGAGGUCUUGUUGGAGUUUUUGUGUCCAGGACAAAGGGCUUUGGUUUUGCCUGGUGGGAAAGGUGGGAGAGGGAAUGCUGCGUUUAAGUGUGGCAGUAAUAAGGUACCUAAGAUUGCAGAGAAUGGUGAAGAGGGUUUGGAAAUGUGGUUAGAACUAGAGCUAAAGCUGGUUGCAGAUGUUGGAAUAGUGGGUGCGCCAAAUGCUGGGAAAAGCACACUCUUGAGUGUCAUAAGUGCUGCACAGCCAGCAAUAGCAAAUUAUCCUUUUACUACUCUACUUCCUAACCUGGGUGUAGUUUCAUUUGAUUAUGACUCUACAAUGGUAGUAGCAGACCUUCCAGGUUUACUUGAAGGAGCACAUCGGGGUUUUGGCCUGGGUCAUGAGUUUCUACGGCAUACAGAAAGGUGUUCUGCCCUGGUACAUGUUGUUGAUGGCUCUUCACAACAGCCAGAAUUUGAGUUUGAUGCUGUUCGUCUUGAGCUGGAAAUGUUUAGUCCUGAACUUGCCGAGAAACCUUAUGUCGUUGCCUAUAACAAAAUGGACCUGCCUGAGGCAUAUGAAAACUGGCCAUUAUUCAAGGAAAAGUUACAAGCACGUGGGAUUGAGACUUUUUGCAUGAGUGCUGUGAAGAGAGAAGGGACACGUGAAGUGAUUUGUGCUGCUCAUAGGCUUCUGCAAGAAAGUAAAGAAGCCAAUAUGGGGUUUGAAGGUUGGACCAACCCAGUAAAUUUGAAUCAUGUAGCUGACAUGGUACAAAAGCAGCGCAGAGCUCCUAUUAAUGACUUCAAAAUCUCUUAUGACAAUGCUUCCAACACAUGGCAUGUAGUUGGGACUGGAUUGCGGCGCUUUGUUCAGAUGACAAAUUGGCGAUAUAAAGAUUCUGAAACAAGAUUCCAACAUGUGUUGGAGGCCUGUGGUGUGAACAAGUCACUCUUGAAGAUGGGAGUCAAGGAAGGUGACAAUGUAAUUGUUGGAGAGAUGGAAAUGGUGUGGCACGACUAUCCUGAGAGUUCUGGUCUAUCAAAUGUAAAUAGGGGAUCAUUCAAUCCAACCAAAUGGCCUGAGUGGAAGUAA